CAAUCUAUUCGUUUACGGAUUGAUAGGACAGUGCCAAGCCUUCAGUGAUUUAUAGUUCUUCAUUGCUUUUCCUGUUUGUUACUUCCUACAGGAAAUAUUAAAACGUCAAGAAAAGAAAGAAGUGUUCAGCCCGAGAUCGACCUAUACAAAUUUCUGGAUUUCAAACACCUUGGGAGUUUCACGGGAAUAAGCGUGGGACACGAAGGAAAAUGAAAGGUUUCUCGCGAAAGCACGUUGCUCUUCUUGUGCUGUUUACGUUUAUCAUUCAUGCUUGGGGUAAUUCGGGCAAACAUUUUUCACCUCCAUCAACGUCCCGUCUUGGCAAAUACAAAACGGCGGCUGUCAGUUCGGAUGGCGUCCCCUGUUCAACAAUAGGACGUGACGUUUUGGCGGACGGAGGAAAUGCAGUAGAUGCGGCGAUUGCUACAGUGUUUUGCAUAGGAGCAGUAAAUCCGCAGAGCGCCGGAAUUGGAGGUGGAUUCUUUAUGACUAUCUACGAUCCAGUUGAGCGACAAACUCGAUGUCUUAAUGCUCGAGAAGUAGCACCCAUCAGUGCUCACGAAGAUAUGUUCAAAGGGAAUUCUUCCAUUUCACAACGAGGCGGUUUGGCUGUGGCAGUGCCCGGUGAACUGGCUGGAUAUUGGGCAGCAUAUCAGCAAUACGCAAAACUGCCAUGGUCUCGUCUGAUUCUACCGACUGCCGAACUAAUUGAAAAAGGAAUUCCAGUUAAUAGACACCUGGAAAAUUCAUUGAAAGAAUUUCAGAAUUUAAUCGAAGCCGAGCCUUCCAUGCGAAUCUUUGUGAACGAAAAAUCUGGCAAAUUGAAACGAUAUGGAGACAUAGUGAAGAAUUCACGUCUUGCCCACACGCUGAGAGCCAUUGCCCACUAUGGUAUCGACAUUUUUUAUAAUGGAACAGUGGGCCAUAAACUAGUGGAAGAUAUUCAAAAAAGGGGCGGAAUCAUCACGAAAGAGGAUUUAAUACGAUACCGCCCCGAAUGGAUGGAUCCCAUCAAAGUGGAAUUUAACAAUAACAUAACAUUGUACUCCAUGCCUCCACCUGGAUCAGGAGUUUUAACAGCCUUCAUGUUGAACAUUUUAGAUGGCAAUUUAGCUGGGGAAAAUGUAGGCAAAACCUCGCAACAUCUCAUUAAUUACCACCGGAUUGCAGAAGCUUACAAACACGCUUAUGCCCAGCGAACCAAAUUGGCUGAUCCUCAUUUCGUUCCCGAAGUGCAUGAGUUGACUGGAAACUUGUCCUCAGAAGCCAUGGCUGCGGAGACGUGGGCAAAAAUCAGUGAUUUAUUCACAUCGAACGAUCCAGGAUCCUAUGGAGCAGUUACGUAUAGUCCUGACGACCAUGGCACCUCGCAUAUUUCCGUUCUGGAUGGUAAUGGAAUGGCUGUUGCUCUUACAUCAACUGUCAACCUUAAGUUCGGUGCUGGUUGGAUCUCGGAGCAAACUGGGAUCCUGAUGAACGACCAAAUGGACGACUUUUCCUCGCCCAACGUAAUCAAUUACUUUGGAUUGCCUCCGAGUCCUGCAAAUUUCAUUAAACCUGGAAAGAGGCCCAUGUCAUCUAUGACGCCCACAGUGAUCGUCAAUUCAACAACUGGGCGAGUCCGUUUGGUUAUUGGAGGUGCUGGUGGCACGAAAAUUACUACCGCAACCGCCUACUCAAUUAUACGAAACCUGUGGUUUGGGGAAACAAUCAAAGAAGCCAUAGACAGUAAAAGGAUGCACCACCAGCUGUUCCCCAUGUCCUUGGAAUACGAAAAGGGUUUCCCAGCCAGGAUUGUCAGCGACAUGAUGACAAGAGGUCACAGCGUAACGAGCAAACUUCACGGGGACGGAGCUGUUGUUUGUGGCAUUGCGGUGGAAAUCGAUGGACUUGUUUACGCUAAUUCUGAUUGGAGGAAGAGCGGAGACGUGGACGGCAUCGAUCCUGUGGAUUCGUGA